AUGUCGCGAACAAAAGACUCUCUGUUGUUUUUCUCCUUAUGCGGCUACCUCACUGGGGCUUUCCUGAACUCGAGUACUUUGGACACUACCAGUGCUUUGGCCGUGCAGAACGCACAGACUGAAACGCUGCAACGAUUACGCAAUGCGGUGGCACAGCUGGAUAUGCUGACGAGAACAAAGGUCGAGGACAUCUUGAUGGCCAUCAUUCCGUUCGGUCUCAAUACAAACUGGGACGGAUCCAAUAGCCCUAGCAUCUUUCAUUACAAUGCAGCGGUCCGAUUGUACAUGCAUGCCUGUGGACACGGAACGCCAUGUCCACGACCGGGCGACCACCAGGAGCUCUUCCUUCAUACACUAGUAUACUGGUGGAUGGGACUCGCAUUUGUCACAGACACCACCAAAGAGUGUCUGUUAGAGCCCCCACCCCUCGAAAUUGGCAUUGGCAAUGACAGCGAGACCGCCAACUCGGCCAAAAGGAUCCCGCAUCCCCUCGCUGGCGUGGCCGACGAAUUUGCCGACGUUGGUGAUAUAGAGACCCCUGUACAGGACCUCAUCAACACCGCGGAAGUUUAUCGACCUGCAGCCCUCAUUUUGCUUUAUCGAGCAUUUCCAGAUCUGCUCAACGGCAGACUGCGGCUCGACGAAAACGAAGCUGAUGCCGGCCAAUCCGCAAAGGAGCGACGAUUGCUGUGGGUGACGGCGCUAGCCAUCCGCGCCCUUAACAUCCUACGCCAGAAUGCCCCGCGCUCGGGGACCCGCAGUAUUGAGCCAAUUCUGCUUGUCAUCAUUGCAGGCGAACUACAAAAGCGGACUUGCUCACAGAUCUCUAGCCUAACGGAUGAGAGCGACGGUCUGAGCCUUGGGCCAUCGAUUGCGGGAUGCAGCCCACCCUCGCCACUACCGACAAGUUCUUUUGAUCACUUUACGGCUCUACACGGGCUUGCGGGCCAUGAUUCCCUCCGAAGUAUCUUUGACAGCCACUUUUGCGAAUCUUCAGGGCCAGACCGCAUCGAUGAGGCUCGCAGGACACUUCUUCAGCGCCUCCAAUCGAUCCGCUAA